AACAGCCACAGCUUUGUGUAGGUUCCGAAUUCAUCAUGGCUCGUGAAGCUGAGUUUUCAAACCCGACACUGGAACUUCCAGGCAGCUGGGAGGACACGCUAGAUUCAGCAUCAGAAUCAGAGGCAGGCCCAGAUUCGUUCGCGCAAGAAGAGCGGCCCAUGGCUCGUUGGCUCAUUCUCGGGCUGUGCCUGCUCACGGUCCUGGGCAUUGCGGUGGCGAUUUUGCUUGGCACAAAGGGGUCAAGACAAUCUCCGGACGCCGCCUUCAGGGCGGGCAGCGGAGGAGGCGGCGUGUUGAUGUCGUCCUGUUCCGGGCCUUCUCGGUGCGAAUAUCCCAUGCCCUACCCCUGGGGCACCUGGCCGGUGACCUACAAGUACGAGGGGAGCUUUCCUGAUGGAUUCGUGUGGGGUGUGGGGACGGCCGCCUACCAAGUUGAAGGCGGCUACAAGGAUGGGGGCAGAGGUGCUUCGGUUUGGGACACCUUCACAGGUGCCAACACGGUGGGCAUGCCUGGGGGAAAUUGCAGCUAUUGCUGCAAGGCGCCACCUUGUUCCAUCAAUCCGGGGGUCCAGGACAAAGGCUCCACGGGGAAUGUGGCCACGGAUAGUUAUCAUAUGUUCCCAACAGACAUCGCGUUGAUGAAGGCCAUGGGCCUGAAGCACUACCGCUUCAGCAUCUCUUGGCCUCGGAUGUUUCCGCAUGGCGAGGCCACCGGGGACCCGGACAAAAGAGGUGUGGAGUGGUACAGCAACUUCAUCGACGCGCUUCUGAAGGCGAAGAUCACGCCCUACGUGACGCUGUACCACUGGGACCUCCCGCAGGCACUGCUGAGUCCCCCGGAGAAGGGGGGCUGGUGGGCCCGGGACGCUGAGGGCAAGCCGGUGAAUGAGGUGCUGCCCAACUGGCUGCACUACGUGGACACCUGCUUCCGGCUCUUUGGGGACCGGGUGAAGUUCUGGGUGACCUUCAACGAGGCCUGGACCUUCACCAAGCUGGCCUCGGGCGCCGGAAAGGCCCCGGGCAUUCAGCCCUACAUGAACCCCAUGCUGGAUCCCUACAUCGCCGGCCACAACGUCCUGCGGGCCCAUGCGGCGGCAGUGGACCUCUAUCGCCGGAAGUAUCAGGCCCAGCAGAAGGGGCAGAUUGGUAUCACCAACAACUUUGACUGGCGCGAGCCAAAGACAAAUACUGAAGCUGAUAUUGCUGCAGCAGAGAGGGCGAUAGUCUUCAAUCUCGGCUGGUACUCCGAACCAAUCUUCGGAGAUGGGGAUUAUCCUGCUGAAAUGAGAGCUGCCUUCAAGGACACCUUGCCCAGCUUUACGGAAGAGGAGAAACGUAUGCUGAAAGGCAGCGCAGAUUUCUUUGGGCUCAAUCACUAUGGAACUGGCUGGUUUUCGGCCAGCAAGGAUCCUGGGUGGGACAAUUCCUAUGGCACUGUGAAUGAGUCGGGCUUUGUGCAUGGGCAGUCCAAGUGGCUGUAUGGGGCAGGUUGGGGUUUGCGGAAAUUGCUGAACUGGGUGAAGCGGCGCUACAACAGCCCUACCAUUUAUGUCACCGAGGGCGGCUGGUCCAUGGCUGCAAUCACGCCUGAGCAGGGAGCCAAUGACACUGGACGGGUGUAUUACUAUGCCAACUACACCUCAGAGGUGCAACGUGCCAUUCAAGAGGACGGUGUUGACGUGCGAGGCUACUUCGCAUGGUCUUUGAUGGACAAUUAUGAAUGGGAGAUGGGCUACAAGGAGCGUUUCGGCAUCACUUUUGUGGACUACAACUUCGGUUUGGACCCCAAUGCGCCUUUGCCAAACACCGCAGUGCCCACACCAGGGAAUCAGCUGAGACGCCGGAAGAAGUCGAGCUGUUUCCUGGAGAUGCUUUGGCGUAACAAUAAGAUGACCAGCCCUGCAGCCCCAAACCUUUGCGUGGAGCCGCUGAUUUUCGAGGGCAAAUACCGAGAUACUUCCGGCUGCAAGCGAGUCAUUGAUGUCUACAUCGGCCAUGCAACCGGAUCCGUGAGCGGCACCAAGCCGGCGGCAGGCAAGACAGUAUGCGACAAUGUGACCGAUGUGCCAUAUGGUCCAGGCAUCUUGCAGCUAAGCGGCAGCACGGUCAUUUGCAAAAACUGCUCGCCUUCGUCCAGUUUCCUGCAGGGCUUCUGGUCAGACUCCAGCCUGGGCAUCGAGUGGGCUGAUGGGAGUUUGUGGACCAAGGUAUUUUGAGCCCUGCAUCGGACGAGGCUCACGCCCGUAGCGACGCCUGGCAGUGUAGUGUGAUAGGUGGAUAGGUGGACUCUGAUGGCACGAAAUGUGCCAGGUUCUUGCAGAAGAC